AUGUUGGAAGUGGCAGACAAGACGGUGGAGUUUUUGCUGCGCCACGACGCCGCGCGCCCACCACCUGGCAUUGGCUUACUUACAGUGAACGAAUUCGAGCGUGUUCACUGGAGAGAUGCAUUUGAUAGCUUUCAGGAGGCUGGACGUCUGGCGCUCUGGAAGACGAAAAGUGCUCUAGAUGACGUCAAUGAGAGUGCGUAUCUUGCUGCCCGUGAUGCUCUUUUCCCGCUGGCUGUGAGCGGCAGCCAAGGCGUUGUUUUGUUUGGAAAUCGUGCCGGCCACAAACUGCGCGAAGCGAUGGAGGCCACCGGUGUUUGGGAGCACCUGCAACACGAGACAGUUGGGCGGAAGGGUAGUCUUGCCUUUGCCGAUGUGUGCGGUGGCCCAGGCGCCUUCUCACAGGCCCUCUUUGGGAUGUGCCGGCAGCAUAAGCUGAAACUGAGGGGGUUUGGUAUGACACUGCGCAGCGUGAAGGGGCUCGACUGGUACUCCAGUCUUCUGUCGGACCGCUUCCUGGCCACAUACGGCAUUGACGGCACCGGGGAUGUCUUUAAUUUGGCAAACAUUGAGGCACUCCGCUCCUUAACUCUCACAGAAAAUAUGAAGCUUGUCGUGGCUGAUGGUGGCUUCAAUGUCCCUUUUGAUAUUGCGAACUAUCAGGAAACUAUCUCCGGUAGGAUUCUCUUUGGACAAUGGUUGACCGCGUUGAAGCUCCUUCGUGUUAAUGGUUGCUUUCUGCUGAAGCUAUUUGACACGUUUUCCCCGCUUUUACGCGUCAUGUUGUACCUUUCCACGUACCUCUACGACCGCGUUCAUGUGGUAAAGCCUCGCCACAGUCGUGUCCUGAAUAGCGAGAGGUAUUUGGUGUGUCUCGGCUUUCGCGGUGCCCCAGAGCCAUGGAUGAAACAUUUUGAGCGCUGCUAUCAGGCCGGUUUUACUGACAACGACCAUAUUCCAACUAUAAUGCCCAUUUCGUGGGUGAUGGAAGAUGAGACAUUUUUAAGUGACAUGACAGAGAUGAGCUCCACGAUUGCGUCGAACCAGGUGGUGGCUCUGAAGAUGGUGUUGGCAAAAUUGCAGCUUUCUAUCUCGGCGAAACAGACGGAGGAGCAGCCAGCUUCUUGA